AUGGCCAACGCAAUGAUGGGUGCCUGGAGCACCGGCCUGUGCGGCUGCUUCGAGGACUGCCCGUCUCUGUGCUACGCGUGCACUUGCUCGCCCUGCCUCUACGCCGACGUCAUGGACCGCCUGAACGGCUCGGGGCACUUCGGGAACUUCUGCAUCUUCUGCCUGAUGCAGGGCUUCUUCCCGCUGUGCCUGCCCUGCGUCACGCAGACGUCGCGCAGCACGCUGCGUGCCAAGUACCAGCUGCCCCCGGCGCCCUGCGGCGACUGCUGCACGCACUUCUGGUGCCUGUACUGCGCGCUGUGCCAGGAGUACCGCGAGCUGAAGAACCGCGGCGUCGCGUCCUACAAGGCCCCCGGGCAGCCCAUCACGCAGGCCCCCAUGCAGAUGUAG